AUGGUGGACACCAAGCAUGUGUUCCAAGUGUCUGGGAUCAAGAAUCUAAAGAAGAAGGGAAAGUUGCUCCAUGGCAUCCUUCAACUGGGUGGGAAGUACAUUGGUGGCUCUGUAAGUGUUGACAUAAUAUAGACUUUAUCUUCCCCCCCCCCCCCCCCCCCCCCUUAUAAGCAGAAAAUAGCACCAAAGGCCAGGCCAUUAUGAGAGCUGGAUGGCACCUGUCACUGUCAAGACAGUUCAUUGAGAAAAAGAUUAACAGUGGGUGAUUAGUCCUGAAAAAUGACCUUAAUUGGUUUCUGAUGUUGGGAUGUAUUUUUGACUCUGUCAUUUUAUCCUUGCCCUCAAUUGGCUCUUAUUAUAGUUACUGUACAUUUACCUCCAGUCUCAGGGGCACACAAUGUGCUGCAAAGUUCAUAUCCCUUUAUCCCCCCAUGACUCUGCAGGAGGGUUACAACAAGAAUGGUCACUGGUAGUUUUCAUAGAGUCAGUUUAGAACUUUGUUGCUGACCUUUUGGUAUCCAUUGUUUUAUUUACUAUGUACUAGGCCUAUAUCAAAUGAGUUGGCAGACCACAUAGGAUAUUUUCAAUGCCACCAAAACAUUCAGCUUUAUUUAGAUUGUUUGCCUUGGUUGAGUUAAAGCAGAUGUGUUGCUCUUCCAGGUUUAUAAAGAUGGAACCACCCAUCUGAUUGUGAACCAUGAGCUGCUGAGUGAGAAGUUCAUUGCAGCCUGUGCAGGAGGUAAGUAAUGAUGAAUUUAAGCAUUACACUUACUAGGUGUUAUAUAAACUUAGUGUACAAAACAUUAGGAACACUUGCGCUUUCCAUGACAGACUGACCAGGUGAAUCCAGGUGAAAGCUAUGAUCCCUUAUUGAUGUCACUUGUUCAAUCCACUUCAAUCAGUGUAGAUGGGGUAGGAGACAGGUUAAAGAAGGAUUUUUAAGCCUUGAGACAAUUGAGACAUGGAUUGUGUAUGUGUGCCAUUCAGAGGGUGAAUGGGCAAUACAAAAUAUUUAGUAGGUAGUAGGUGCCAGGCGCACCGGUUUGAGUGUGUCAAGAAAUGCAACGCUGCUGGGUUUUUCACGCUCAACAGUUUCCUGAGUGUAUCAAGAAUGGUCCACCACCCAAUGGACAUCCAGCCAACUUGACACAACUGUGGGAAUCAUUGGAGUCAACAUGGGUCAGCAUUCCUAUGGAAUGCUUUUGUCACCUUGUAGUCCAUGCCCAACGAAUGUAGGCUUUUCUGAGGGCAAAAGGGGGUGCAACUCAAUAUUAGGAAGGUGUUCCUAAUGUUUUGUACACUCAGUGUAUUAGGUAGCAAGUCUUGUCAAAGUCAGCUUGUACAGAUUAUAGAGGGAUUCAACAGCUUCAUACUCUCAUGGACCUUUCAGAAGUUCCAUUAUUUUGUGUUGUUUGUUGUUUCUCUUCCCUCUCUGUCAGGCAAAUGGAUCGUGACUCCAGAAUAUAUUUUUGACUCUGUUAAGAACGGCUUGUGGCUGCCAGAGGGGCCCUAUGAGUUGGACAUUGUCUCCAUGGGGGGAGUCCCUGGGGCCUCUAACCCAGUGAAGGUGUGGAGGGAGAGGGUGACCAGCGGGGCCAUGGCUGGGGCCUUCGAGGGCUGGAGGGUCCUUCUGAUGGUCAACGAGCCUACUCACAGAGACAUGCUCAGAAGGUGGUCUUCAGAAUUGUAGUGGGCAGUAAUAUUUUACGUGUAUAUAUGGUAUUAUAAAUUCCUCACAUGUGACUCGUAAUGAAACUAAGCAAUUAGCCUAUUAACAUGUUUAUCUGACUCCAUAAAGAUAAUUAGCAAUAUGCAAGAGACUAUGGUUGAGUUACAGUAAUAGACAAUGAAGAAAUGUCUGAGAAUGGAAUUCUAAAUACACGCAAUGCCCCAUAAUGACAAAGCAAAAACAGUUUUUUUGACAUUUUUGCACAUUUAUUACAAGUAUAAAAUUGAAAUAUGACAUUUACAUAAAUAUUCAGACCCUUUACUCAGUACUUUGUUGAAGCACCUUUUGCAGCAAUUACAACCUUGAGUCUUCUUGGGCAUGACACUACAAGCUUGGCACACCUGUAUUUGGGGAUUUUCACCCAUUCUUCUCUGCAGAUCCUCUCAAGCUCUGUCAGGUUGGAUGGGGAGCAUCGCUGCACAGCUAUUUUCAGGUCUCUCCAGAGAUGUUCGAUCGGGUUCAAGUCCGGGUGCUGGUUGGGCCACUCGAGGACAUUCAGAGACUUGUCCCGAAGCCACUCCUGCGUUGUCUUGGCUAUGUGCUUAGGGUCGUUGUCCUGUUGGAAGGUGAACCUUUGCCCCAGUCUUAGGUCCUGAGCGCUCUGGAGCAGGUUUUCGUCAAGGAUCUCUGUACUUUGCUCCGUUCAUCUUUCCGUCGAUCCUGACAGUCUCCCAGUCUCUGCUGCUGAAAAACAUCCCCACAGCAUGAUGUUGCCACCACCAUGCUUCACCGUAGGGAUGGUGCCAGGUUUCCUCCAGACAUGACACUUGGCAUUCAGGCCGAAGAGUUCAAUCUUGGUUUCAUCAGACCAGAGAAUCUUGUUUCUCAUGGUCUGAGAGUCCUUUUGGUGCCUUUUGGCAAACUCCAAGCGGGCUGUCAUGUGCCUUUUACUGAGGAGUAGCUUCCGUCUGGCCACUCUACCAUAAAUACCUGAUUGGUGUAGUGCUGCAGAGAUGGUUGUCCUUCUGGAAGGUUCUCCCAUCUCCACAGAGGAAGUCUGGAGCUCUGUCAGAGUGACCAUUAGGUUCUUGGUUACCUCCCUGACCAAGGCCCUUCUCCCCCGAUUGCUCAGUUUGGCCGGGCGGCCAGCUCUAGGAAGAAUCUUGGUGGUUCCAAACUUCUUCCAUUUAAGAAUGAUGGAGGCCACUGUGUUCUUGGGGACUUUCAGUGCUGCAGAACAUUUUUGGUACCCUUCCCCAGAUCUGUGCCUCGACACAAUCCUAGCUCGGACAAUUCCUUCGACCUCAUGGCUUGGUUUUUGCUCUGACAUGCACUGUCAACUGUGGGACCUUAUAUAGACAUAUAUGUGCCUUUCCAAAUCAUGUCCAAUCAAUUGAAUUUACCACAGGUGGACUCCAAACAAGUUGUUGAAACAUCUCAAGGAUGAUCUAUUGAAAUAGGAUGCACCUGAGCUCAAUUUCAAGUCUCAUAGCAAAUGGUCUGAAUACUUAUGUAAAUAAGGUAUUUCUGUUUUUGAUUUUUUUAUACAUAUUUACAUGUUUUCGCUUUGUCAUUAUGGGGUAUUGUGUGUAGAUUGCUGAGGAUAAAAAAAAAAAAUGUAAUCCAUUUUAGAAUAAGGCUGUAACGUAACAACGUGGAAAAAGUCAAGGGGUCUGAAUACUUUCCGAAUGCACUGUAGAUCGUCAGGUUAACUUACAGGACAAAGCAUGAACAAAGAGAUGCUUACUAAGCCAGACAACUAGAAGCCUAGGAAAUGACAAUUGAUCAUACAAUCUUCCUCCAUGGACUGGAUACAGGAUAAGAACGAGAACAUUCAUAACAUUUGUAACCUUUCAACCCAAAACAAACCACCAUUGAUCAAUCAAGCGAUACCAAUUUUAGAGUAACCUGAACACUCCCAGGGUGUCACAGCAUCUAAGAGCUUUUGUGGGGGAUGAGACCAAUGUAAAUAAGACAGAAUUCCUGAGAAGACAAUACAACUCCUUUGUGUAAUAGAGUGAUUCAGAGUUCACCCUGUACAGUUACAGGUAACCACAGAGAUCGUCCAUCCAUAUAGAUAGCAUCGGAGUUAUACUCAGUGAACAAGUUUCAGAUAGAUACCAAACAUGGAUAAUAUAGCAUUAUUCUAUCACAAUAGUCAGUCCUCUGGAUACCGUGACAUGGAGAUACAUUUUGGCCCCUCACAGGGGCUAGGGCUGACUAGUCCUUAGGCAUUGACCUUUUGUUCCUGGAUCAUUUUCCAUGCAGCUCCAGGUGACAGAGAACACAAAUUAGGGCUGAGCCUACAGAAUUGUCUUGAAAUUAAAUGGAAUUGACCUCAAAUUGACCUCAAACCUUAUGCUUAGACUAGUAAAUUAUGCAUUUCUUGUCGUAUCAAAAAUGUUGUGUACUGUAUUUGCCUAAUCAAAUAUCAGAUACACCAUUACACCUGUCACUUAAUUUAUCAUUAACAUGUAUUUUUUUCAGAAUCCUAAAAGCUGGGAAGGCCAAUGUGUACUCAUACCCUCCUCCCUCCCAUGCUGACGUGACACACGUGUUGACAAAACAUAUCGUAGACCGUGUGAAGGCCCACAAUGCACCAUGCUACUCCAUAGAACACAUGGCCCUGCAUCUUUUUGGGGUAAAUGUCAACAUAGAUGUCAGAUGAUUCACUUAAUUAACAAUUGCACCCAGUGAAAGGCUUGUAUAAUACGGCUAAUCGUAAAUGCUCUGUCUUGUCUUCAGCAGAACGUGUGUUCUGAUAUGGGUUUAACCUGGACAGUGGGCCAGCCAGAGGAGACACAGGAGGCCAAUGACGCUCUCUCCACAGACUUUUCAGAGCUGGAGAGCGAGGCCAGGGACUACAUCUCUCAAAUAGAGGUGAGGGGUGAGGGGCGGGUCUUUUCAAAUCCGUCUGUGUUUAGCAAUGGAGCACAAGGUUCCAAUCAUUGUUUUUCUGGGUGAAAACUCAUGUCAGACGUACAACAUUUCCAGUCGUCAUUUUAAUGACUGCUCUGGCUGCAUAUGUGACAUUGUGGAUGGCUCGUUUCAUGCAGGAGCGGAAAAGACUCCCAGAUAUCCUGAGCUACUAUGCCCCCGGACCGUACGCUCAGGUAUGCAGAUCUGCUCAAAGCAUAGUAAUACAUCUACCAUACAUGAGUAUUAUACAACUGUAAAAUGAGUGUGCGACACGUCAAAGGAGAUCAGGUCAUUCAAUUUCCUUUAUGUCAGGAGCCUCACUCAAAAGGUGUCAUUUUGUGCAUUGACACAUCAUAUCCGGAUCACCUGAUUUAACCAAUGCUGUCAGUUGAUUGGUUUAAUGCGUGAUUGGCAGACCUAUUAAAGGUAGUCUCUCACUGUCCCUCCGACGCCUUCCCAAGUGGACUUUCCUCCGAUUGCUAUUAUAAACGGCCAAGUAGGCAAUAGAUGACAGUUACCAAGAUGACCCGAGGAACUUCUGACGUCCUUCUCUUCUACUUUUCUCUUUCUCCGCCCAACCGCUCACGCCAUCCUCCGUCUCUCUCUCUCUCUAUUGCUGUAGACGGUCGGAGCCAACUUCAGCAAUGUGCAGAGCCUCACUGAGUGUGGUUUAUUCACCCAAGCCCUAGAGGAACUCCAGCUAUAUCUGCUGCCAGGGCAGCUCCCCCCAGCCCCAUUUCUCCAGCCCCUCAUGCAUCACGCUCUACACGUAAGAACACACAAACUAUUUGUUGUCUGUGUUCAUAGUAGAAACCCAAAACCUGUUUCCCUGGCCACUCAUAGCUCCUCUUUUCCAGGGCGACGCCAAGCCUUUCUUUCUCAGUGAGUUCCGCACGGUUCUCUACAGCAUCCUGAGGAACAACCCUCCCUGGGGUUCUCCGGCUAGCGGGACAUUCUUCAUGAAGGUGCUGCAGUGUCCCCAGUGUCAAAAAGGAGUCUGGCCCCUUUUGGAGACAUCACUCAGGUAUAGAACACUAGAGACUCCUAUACAUAGGCCAUAAACUGUAUGUCCCAAUAACCUCUGUUCAAAGGAUUAUUUUAAUCUGAGAUACCCAAGUCUCCUGUGUUUUCAUGGGCUAUUGCCAAUUCUACUAUGAUAUCCAUCUCCUUUCUAUGUUGUACCCAUCCUCUUCCUCCUUUUGGUGUCUCUGUGUUUCUCCAGGUUCUGCAUGGGUAGCAAGCCCUGUCAUUCACUCCCUAGCCCCGCCUCCCCAGAGCUGCUCCGCUUCCAUGGUGACCUGCAGGCCUUCAUGCUCGAGCUCUUUAAGUGUGACAUGCACUCAGCUAACAAAGGGUAAUCACCACCUAUAGGACACAGGCAUAUAUUGGCGUAAUGUAGAAAACAGGCAUCACUUACUUUGAAACAACUGCGACAGUUCUAAUCAACGCCAUGCACCACAGACACAACACUGUGGAUAUUGCAACAUGUCCUCCCUCUUCCCUCAGAGAGGUGGGAGACUUGCGGUCGUCCGUCCUCUACAGGGUGUUCUGGAGCCUGUGGGAGCGCUCGACGCUGGGCUCCAGGGCCGUGCAGCAGCUGGCCCAGCUCCUGGUCCAGGCUUCACAGUGGGAACGCUCUGUCUCUGAGGUAAACCUGGACACAUUCCCCAAGUCCCUGUUCCUGUCCUCACCAACCGUCCAGAAGACCUACAUCCCUGUCCCGCCCAUAGUUUAGUUCAGUCAAAGUCAACUCCAAGUCAAUUCUGAAAUUGCAGCGCACCAUCUAAGGCAGUGGUUUCCAAACUGUGGGGCACGGGGUCAGCAGGGGGGACGCAGGGUCUUUUAUUUUUUAAGGAACACAGUCCGGCUUUAAACUUACUCUUGAGAGUUGUAAUAGUAGAAUGAACAAGGUGCAAUUUUGAAAUUGGGUAGUGCAUCAUCAGUUCCUCUUGUCAUGUUAGUCAUUGCAUACCUUUGAGAGCUAUUUAUAAAUAUGCAGAUCAACUAGCCCUUGUCAGCUAAUGUUUUUGUAUUUAGUUUUUUUAGGCCAUAGGUAUUGUUGUAAUUUUUUUUUCACUCAAAUAUCACAUGAACACACAUUAGACAAGCCAAAAUGUAUAGAAUUUCGAGAAGAUUUGCUUUACAACUGCAAAAUGUGCUUUGAACCCAUGACAAAAUGUGUAGAGUUGCAGGAAACAAGCUUUAAACCUGCACAAUUCUCUCCAAAUCACAAGAGGGGUGUGACUAGUUUGUGUCAUGAACAGUGCUUGUGCCCAUAAAAAUAGACGUGGCACGCACACGGAGGGAGGGGGAUGUUCCCCAAUGCUGGAAGGGGGAAAACCCUGAUCUAAGGAGUGGACACCGUUCAUGUUCCAUAUACAGCACAUAACAGGAAUUGUAAUGGAAUCGGGCCCACACUCUGGUCCAGCUAUGUAGCCAACUACCCGUCUCUGUCCUUGUGCUGUGGUUGCUGCGUAGGGUCAGGAGAGGGACUGGGAAAGGGACAGGAGGCAGACGCUGGUGCUGACCCUGCAGGACACACUGGGCGUGGUGGUGGACUUCUGGUGGCAGGAACACAGCCACCUCAACCGCAGCCUGGUGGACAAAUGCCUAGAGGACCUGGCUCAACACAUCGCCAUCCUCUGUCAGGGUACGCUGCCCUGCACACAGUCUGAGGCGCCGGCCCAAAUGACACUCUAUUCCCGAUAUAGUACACACCUUUUGCACUACCUGUGGACCCUGGUCAGAAGUAGUGCACUAUAUAGGGAAUAGGGUACCAUUUGGGACGCAACCAGUCUGACACACAGCAGCAAAGAUUUAAUCAUGUAUUCUAACUGAUUCAAUGUUGAUGUGGAGGGUAUUCUUCCUGCCCCAGACCUGCCCCCAGACGUACUCCAGACGUUUGUUCCCGGGAUGGUCCCAACCAGGCUACGGAUGGUCACGGCAGACGCCAUCUUCAGGAACGUGUGCUGCAGGAACGGCAUCACAAUAGGAGCAGAGCCCCUCUCGCUAAGGAAGAUUGUAAGUUUUGGCCAAGUCCAAGUUAGAAUGUGUUUGGUUUCCCCGUCCGGCUGUUGUGUCCCAGGUGUAGUACUAGUGCAACAGCAGUACAGUGUAUUGGGGCUCCGUUGCACAGACAGGCCAGUUGCUGGCCUCUCACUCUCACAGCUGCUAACUCUGGUGCUGUCUUUAUCACUCUGUCCAACACACACACACCUAUACUACAGAGGCAGUCCCUAUAAAGACCCUCUUUCCCCUUCCCUCCCCUGUGUGUGUGUCCUGACAGGUGUCCUCCUACCUGCCUGCCCUGAGGAGGCUGUGUGCAGUCAGGACAGGUGGCUCCAGAGACCCGCGGGCCGACAGCGGGGGCCCUCAGCCUGGGACUGAACCCACCUCCUGCAGCUGGAGCACCCAGGGGACUGCGACAGGGUGAGUCUGUCUGUCUUGUGUGUCUGUGCCCCCCGUUGGGGACCGCUGGCUACUCCAGUCAGGCUAAACAGAGGCCAGCCAACCAACCUCCCUGGGGGCAACAGAGGACUGAAGGUGUGGAGAGGGGAAAGGUGUGUGGAUGGGAGGGGUGAGAAAGGGAGGAGAUGUGGUGAAAGGAAGUGGGAAAGAGGGAGAACACCUGGGGAAAAAGAGUGGGGUGAGAGGAUGGCAUAGGAGAGGAGAGUGUAAGAGAGGAGGUCAGAGGGAGUGUGGAGAUGAGGUCAGAGGGAGUGUGGAGAUGAGGUCAGAGGGAGUGUGGAGAUGAGGUCAGAGGGAGUGUGGAGAUGAGGUCAGAGGGAGUGUGGAGAUGAGGUCAGAGGGAGUGUGGAGAUGAGGUCAGAGGGAGUGUGGAGAUGAGGUCAGAGGGGGUGUGGAGAUGAGGUCAGAGGGAGUGUGGAGAUGAGGUCAGAGGGAGUGUGGAGAUGAGGUCAGAGGGAGUGUGGAGAGGAGGUCAGAGGGAGUGUGGAGAUGAGGAGGCAUCAGUGGACAUGCCUCAUCACAUGGCUGUGUGUCAGAGUUUACAGGAGAGGUGGAGAAAGCAGGUUCCCCCCUGCCUCAUACCAGGAAGCUGCUGCUGUUCAACACCCCGCCGCUGGCACAGACACAGGCAGGGGCCGCUCGGGAUGAGGUUCACCUCGGGGCUAGCGGUUCACUCACCGACCAGCCUCGGCCUCUUUUCCCUCACACUUAUUCACCACCUUUUUCAAUAGGAAAUCAAAAACAAUGUUUUUUGUUACCUCAAAAACAAUGAAUAUAUUUUUCAUUUAAUAAUUGUGUAUUGCUCAGAGAGGUGGAGAGAGGGGGUUUAGAAAGCUGAGCUAGCAUGUGAGAGAGGCCAUGAAUGUGUUCUUAAUAAUCAAGUGUGUUAUGAGGAGAGGAGAGGAGAAGAGAGGAGUCCUCUUCCUGUAUGGACAGCUUGCCAUCAGAGCACAAGUCCAGACAAAGACUGGCGGGAGGCUCUCCAUAAUUGAAGCCCCGUUUCCUCCUGCUGGCUUAAUCAAGCAGAGCUUAUUGUAUUUCUGUUUGAGCCCGUUUGGGUUUGUCAUUCUCUGUCUCGCUCUCUCGCCCUCUCUCGACACAUGUUACUGUAGUCUAGCAGUUAGAGCGUUGGGCCAGUAACCAAAAGCCGACAAGUUGAAAAAUCUGCCGAUGUGUCUUUUGAGCAGAGCACUUAACCCUAAUUUGCUCCAGGGGCGCCAUACUACUAUGGCUGACGCUGUAAAACAACACAUUUCACUGCACCUAUCCGGUGUAUGUGACAAUAAAACAUAGAUAUUUUUAGUUGUUAUUUUACUACAGCAUCACUUAAAGGCACAGUAGGCAGCUUUUUUGGCGACCUGAACAAUUUCACGUAGAAAUGUGAGUUAAAGAUCUGUCAUUCUCAUUGAAAGCAAGUCUGAGAAGCAGUAGAUCCAUUCUAUGUGCACUAUUUCUAUGCUUCCCGUUAAGUUUAGUUUUGGUUAGUUCUACUUUCGCUUUUGUACACCAGCUUCAAACAGCUGAAAAUACUAUUUUAGCUUAUUGAAAAUAUAUUUCACAGCAUUUUACAUGGUACAAUGAUUCUCUACACCAGGGUUAUUCAACUCUUACCCUAAGAGGUCCGGAGCCUGCUGUAUUUAUUUUGUAUUUUAUUUUUAUUCAGAACAUAUACACAUACAAACAAACGACGUCACACCUGCCCAGACCCACAUGCUCACACCACCAUCUCCAGCGCCUGCAUCACGCUCCGCCACAUGGCUUCAAACUGCACCAUUUUGUUUCUCUCCAUCGGCCAUGCACUUUCAACAUUUCGAUAAUAAAGCAUUUGACUUUUCCAUUGUGUUAUCGAUGGAGGAUUGGUUGAUUUCCAGUUAAGUAUACAUUUUUUCAAGAUGAUUGACGAGAAGAGUAUCAUCCAACCCAUCAGGUAUCUCACUUUACCCUCAUAUGCCAUGUCUUGAAAUAUGAAGACAGACAGAUUCAAAGUAAAUUUACAUUUGUAAUACUUCUGACAGCCAACUUUCUAACUCCGCCCAUAACUUUUGGACUUUAUAACAUUCCCAGAAGGCAUAGAGUAUUGAGUCCUUGUUAGUUUAACACUUAAGACAUGACUCUGCCGUUGUGCUGUAGAAUUUGUGAAUGUUGUCGCUUGUAUAAUACAUUCUAUACAUUAGUUUAUACUGUAUUAAGCGUACAUUUUCAUUAACUGUAAUUUUGUUAGUUAUGUUCCAUCAUUCCCUCCAUCUUGUGCCAAUAUCAGUUAUUUUUAAGUAUUGGUUCCAAUAGUUUAUAUUUAUUUCUAAGAGAUUGUUAGUUGGAUAGGUUCUCUGCAAGAUUUUGGAUAUCUUACCUAUCAUAUGAAUAUCCUUUUUUGACUCAAAUAGGAUUCCCUCAAGAUUGCUCUGAUGUCUAAAACAUUUCAAACCAAAAUUUCAUGAUAUGAAAGUUAAGUUGCAUGUACAUUGGUCAGUCCAAAAUUGCUUUUUAAUUCUGUAAUGAAAAUACAUUUAUUUCCUAUUACAAAGUCAUUUACGCGCUUAGCUUUCCAUGUGGAGCAAUUUAAUGGUGAAUUCUGAAAAGCCUGCUAGUUUUGUGUUCUACCCGAUAAUGAAUUGCAUACACCUGGUGUCCCAGGUCUAAAUCAGUCCCUGAUUAGAGGGGAAGAAUGAAAAAGAGCAGUGGAACUGGCUUCGAAAUCCAGAGUUGAGUUUGAGGGCUCUAUACUAUACAUUGCUUGUUUUGUCACAUAAGCUGAAAUUAGGCAAACCAUUAGAAUUUUUGCAACCAAGAAAUGGCAGUGAUUUCUGCCUAUUGUACCUUUUUUUAAAUGAAAGAAAUCUGCUUUUAUGGCUAGAAUUGAGUGAAAAAAAUGACAAUUUAGGCUGGUUCGUAUGCAAUUUAACAACAGCAGUGUCAGUUGUGGAAGGGUUUCUUAUAUGUUUGCUGCCUCUCUGAUUCUGAGGUGAUCUUUAUCACACCUUGUGGGGUGGAAAUGGCACAGGAGAGCGUCUGCUGCCUGUGUGUGUGUGUGUGUGUGUGUGUGUGUGUGUGUGUGUGUGUAUUCUGUGUUGGUGUAUGGCUUAUUGUACAAUGCCCCCGGGCUUGCAGUGAUCCUGCACCCAGAGUGACAGAACGAUAAUCCCCUAUAGUAUGGUCGAUCAUAGGGGAAUGAGAAAGAAUAGGUCCACUCGCCAAGUCUAUUGCCAGUCUCCCCAUGUGGACAGGGUACUUUUGUACUUUUGGGUUAAGUGGGAUGAGAUAAAAUGUUACACACACACACACAGGCACUUCUGAUCUCUUCACAGACUUGUCCCUGCUAAUAACAAGCUAUGUGACAGAACGCGUGUUCCUCCCGCACUGUCGGGGAGAUUCCGCCCGGGUUCUGAACAACCCAAUUACCAGGGAACAAGCAGGCUUCCCUAUAGUAAAGCAUGGCAUCCCCUCUCUCUCCUCCUCUUCCCUGUCACCCACAUGUCAGACGUCCUGCUGGCAGCCAGGCAGCAGGUCUCCCCUCCACACACUCACUCACAGUACUGCUGACAGCCAUACAGCUAUUAGCACUACGCAGCUUUGAAGAGCACGCUUUCACUUCUUCUUUAUUUAUUUCUCAUAAUCUACUUUUUCCCCUUUUUGAAUUGACUCGGUUGGGGUUUUACUUACUAAGUGGAGGAAAACUGACGGGGAAAAAGGACUUGUGAUGCCUGCGAAGCCACAGUGUGUGGUAGACUGUGGUAGUUUGAUCAAGCGCGUCGUCGCUACCUAGAUGGGACUGUAUUGCGGUAUUCUGCAGCCAGGUCACUUAGCUCAAGCUGUAGUGCUACUGCUGCACGGCCAAACUGGUCAUCUCUCCUUGACCAUGUCAUCUUGAAUACUGUAGGAAAUAUUGAGUUGAAUUUAGAGGAUUCAUUUACCCAGCGUCCUCCUAGGUGUUUACACUACCUCACAGGAUCCAUUUCCUCAGUGCAAUCGGGUGUGACCUUCAUUUUGGUUAAUCUUCAAAUGGGGGGGGGGGGGGGAGCAGUGCAGAGCAGAUGAGUAACACACUGACUGCACUGUAUUUGAGAGUAUGGGCUUUAGUAGGUGCAAAAUGCUUCACAGUGACAGCCAUUAAAAGACUGUGCUGGGAGUAUCUCUUUGUCAGGGUCCUGGUAGUUGUCUGUUUGAAUGAGGCACAGCACAGUGGCCCUGUACACACUGCUGCCACUGCUCUGUUACUCAGGAUGUUCCAUUGCUUUGUGUCUGUCGGUCUGUGUCUUCCUAACGUGUAGGCGUACUAUUCCCAGCUGUGAGAGGAAUUUCCUCUCUAUGGACAUUCGUUGUGGCAGUAUUAAAUACUUUGACGAAAUGCCAGUCAGAUGGCCGUGAUGAUAAUGUUUGAUGUCAGAGCUUACCCUGUCUCCCGUCUCUACCCAGAAUGGCCAGCAGUCUGGUUAACGGAGCAGGUCUGGGCAAGGAGAACAUCCCCAGAGGUCUCAACCGAGUCAACACAGCAGGUAACACCAACACACACGAACACACACAUACACACGCUUCUCUGCAUAUUUGCAAGAAAAAAAAUAGUUUUAAUAGACAUGCACAGGACUAGGUCAUCAGUAGAGCGAGGACACGAGAGCCUUGUCAUCCGUUUGAACUUAAUGAAGAGCCCAUUAUGUAUUUAUAACGCCAUGGAUUAGCAUAUGCCAACACAACCUUGCAACCAACCGAACAGAAGCUCUUAUGGUGCAGCUAUGUGGGUGAAGGGUGAAUUCAACAGGCUUUUCUCACCUUGUUUGCCACCUCUGACAUUCUCAUUGAAAUUCCACACACUCUUUAUUUUUUUGGAUCUGUUAUUCACAUUUUUUAGUGUAAAAAAGAAUAAUCACACGGAUAAAAGAGAAACGUGGAAAUAAUGACGAAAGACAACACCACCACAUGGGCGUCAGAUCCCCAGUUUAAGAAUAUUAAACACAGCAAUUAGGGCUGUGCUGUGAAAGUGACUGACUGCGUGCAGAACUUCCUGCACUUAGAGGCUUGGCACUCUGUGUGAAGUCUCUGAGGUGUCAGCGCUCAUAUCUCCCCCCUCACCUGAUCAGAAAGGCCCUGCACCAGAGGCAGGGAGCUGGUGGGCAGGCAGAGGCAGGAGGCUCCAGGCUGUUUGCAUGUGUUGUUUUUCCACUACGUGAUCUCUAUACUGAUGCGCUCAGCAUUAAUUUUUGAUGAACCAUCAGCACAUCCUCGCUCUCACACAUGCCCGGGCUCUCUCUCACACACACACACACACAGGCACACAUAUACACACACACACACACACACACACACAAACACAAACACAAACACACAGAUUUCAUCUUGCUUUCCUAUGAGCAAUUUUUCUGUGCUGCAUAUCUUCAACUCUACAGCCACUGGAUCUCCCCUCUAGCAGCUGUGAAGGGCUGUGGGUUUGGGAAGGUCAUUGUCUGUGCUCUGGCAGUUCUACAAUCUCCUUGGUGAAAGUUCUGUCCUAACUCCACUGUUGAGUUUCUUGGGUGCUACUAACAUAGCUAGCAUUGAGGAGAGCAGACUCUUAUAGUAGGUGAGGUACAACAUUAAAAAGUGACAUAUUGUACUCCUGCUCCCUGUUCGAACACUCAAUUGAAAUUGCAUCGCUAUCCAGUGACCACCGUCUUGUGAUACUCUAUACAUACAUCAAAUCAGUCCCUGUCGUAGGUCACAGAUCAAGCCUAAUUCACAACAUUCUUCCUCAGUUUUUCAACUUCCAUGGCAAGCCAGGUUUGGUGUUUCAUACAGUAGGAUAUUACCAUCCAAGCAUGUAAGAGGUUUGGUGUUUCAUACAGUAGGAUAUUACCAUCCAAGCAUGUAAGAGGUUGUACAUUCAGACAUUGGUUUAAAUGAAUACUUGGCACUCUGUAUAGGUUUCUAGCACCAUUCUGACAAAUAGCAUUCUUAUUGGAACCGAUUGCCAUCAUCUUUUUGAACCAGCUUGCCAGUCAACAUAUAGCACGGGUACACAGACAAAGUAGGGGGGGGGGGGGCAACACAUACAUUUAACUUUUCUAUUAAAGAGUGAAAUGGGGGGAUUGUUAGAGGGAUUUAUAGAAAAGGGCAGGCGGAUUUAUCCUUUCCGUGCUUAUAAAUGCUGAGCAUGCAAUUACCCCUAUAAUGGAGGCAUUUCAUCCAAAUUGGAGCCAUUCCAGUGAUUUAACAGUGCGUGGAUUGGGCCUGGCAUUUGCGAGGAUGUGUACACAUGGGGAGCUGUGGAAUGGGUGUUUAAUCACAGCGUUUUAGAGGCUGUAAUGGUGGAACACACUGCAGAACGCUGACCUGCCACAGUGCAGAACAACUCAUUAAGGCCCACUUGGACUUCACUCUCUAUAGUCUAGGUAUUGUUGUUUUUUAAUCACUUGUAAUUAUUUGUCUAAUUUGUAUGUUUAUUAGAUUUGGAAAUAAUGUAUUUACAUGGAAAAAAUGUGGUCUUAUUUACGAGUUUCUUAACUGUAUUGUAGGAAGAUUGAGGAAGUAGUGCUUAUGAGGGAGAGUUGCGUUGGAAACUGUGCUCAUGUCGGCCAUCUUGGCUCCAGUGUAUUCCUCGCCGCAUGGUGUGAGAGUAUUGGUACGGAUCAGUAACUCAGAGAGGAGAGUGUGCAGUUGGGGUCACGGUACUGUUCUGGGAAGCUCCACCGCCAGAUCCGAUCCACCAGUACCGGCUGUCCCUCUAAAUUCCAAAACCCAUAACUGAGCAGAGGCAGGAUUAAUUUUUGAUUUCCAGUGUUUUGGGUUGGCGAGAGGGAACGUACCUAAGAGACGCUGGGUUGCUCUGCCAAGGGGAGGUGUUUUUUCGAGAAGGGCGCUGGGGCAUGAUACAGCAGGGCAACUAGGCACUGGAGAUCUGAAACAUAUUCCACAACGACACAAGCUACCCUCCGCUUUGUGGCUUACCUCUGUAUUUUGAUACCAAAAAAGAAGAAAGAACAGUGAACCAUUGCUGUUCCUCGUCCAGAUGUUGUCGAAGCUCCAGAUAAACAGCCUCUCUUUCUUUGCUGUCCUGCACUUCAACCUCUGUCAGGUGGAAAACACAUUUAACGCAUCUAAUGCAACCUCAAAGACACCUCUGGGAAGAAAGGAACUCUUCAAGUUGAAAGUGUCGUGCAUUUUCAAUAUUUCGCUGUGCCUUGAAAUGCAGCAAGCCUCUUUUCCUCUCCCCUGCACUCCUGCCUGUCCUGUCUCUGUCUGCCCUCUCCUCCCUCUCUCCUCUCCUUCCUCUCUUCUCUCUCUCCUCUCCUCUCCUCCCUCUCCCCAUGCCUUGCUCUGUGCUUCAGUGAAGGCUCUGUAUGGUCAGGCAGUCUAGUAAAGCAUUUAUUAUGGGCUUUGCAGUCCUGUAUUAUACUGGCAAGCAAAGAGGCACUCAUGCUUGGCCUUUAACUUUCUUGUGAAGUUCAGCCAUACAUGAAAAUAGGGGGUACUGGCCCUCUAAUAUAUUCCUGAUUUAAUAUUGUAUCAAAAAGAGAGGGGGGCGGGGGGGGGGGGCAUUGGAAUAUGUAAAUAAAAGCCUUCUGAGGAUUUUGUGUCUGGGUGUUGUAGUUUGCUGAUUAAAUAUAACGUGGUACAUUGGUAAUGCCCAGUGGAGCUUUUGAACCCUGGAUGUGUGAAGAAUCCUGUUGGAGCCUGCCUUUGUGCCUGGGCUGUGUACCAUAACUUCCUCCAGAGGAACAAUACGUGACAGGAAGAGGCUCUUCUCACACUCACAGCCCGUUUAUUAACUUUGUGCGGCACUGGUGUAAGUGGAAAAUCCCUCUGUCCCCCAAAAAAAGAGGGAGGAGAAAGAGCCCAGUUCACCAUCUUUUUUGUAACCUUUUUUUAAACUUGUUUUAAUCUCCCCCCGUUUCUCAUCUCUCCUCUUAAAUCGCAUUGUCAUUGGAGGUCCGCCUUUUUAGGUCAGUUUUUUUUUUUGUGGUCGUUGAGGAUAUUUCUUCAGUACAUUACUGGUGUGUGUGUAGCAUAGGGGGACAAUGGGUAGGACACACCCUAAUUUGGGAUUUCUCUCUUUUUUCCUCUCUUCUUCUCCUUUGUGCCCGUUGACGCGGUCCUGGCGAAGGCGAGACACUCCUCCACAGAGCCUGCAAGAAGAACCAGGUUGAGACGCUGCUCCAGAUCCUAGCACUUCCUGGGACCGACGUCAACGUGAAAGGUAGGUCUCCCGACCCCCUCGCUCUCCCCUAUCUCUCCCGCUGCCUCCAUUUUAGAGUGUCGUGGAGCGAUUUAACGUGGAUAUAGAGAAGGAAGGAAAAGAGAAGUGUGACCUUAAGCUAAAAUGCAAUGGGUGUGUCUUGGAGGAACGGGGUGUGUUGGAGGCUAGAUGUACAGUCGCUAUACCAAGCGAAUGCACGUCCUCUGAUAUUUCCACCAGUUUUUUUUUACCCUCCCAGGGCAAAUAUAAUAACUGUCAUCUUCCUUUUCAGUCCAUUUAAAUUGCUUGUGCAGAUGCAGCGUUAUUUGAAUAGUUUUAAUGUGUUUCUUGAUGAUCGUCUAACGUGCUAAGUGGAGAUUGGGUGAGGGACGAAGAGUAAAACCGGAGAUGUGAUGGCGAAAAGGAAACAGGACAAACUGAAGGGCUUGAAAUUAUAAAGUGGUGAGAGGACUAGUUUGAGUACAAUCUCUGUGCUCUGGUGACAUGGAGCACAAACCUGUCCCCAUAAUAUGAGGCCUCUGGUCUCCGAGAAAGAAAACGCAUAAUGUUUAUUUUAGAGCAACAAGAACGAUUACACCUACAGAAUACACCUACCUACCACACAGUAGGUAUAGAUUUAGACUUGCUUCUCUAGAUCAAGAUAGAUUUAAGCUAUUAAGUAUUACGUUUUAGUGUGUGUGUGUCUGGCGUUGGAUGUAGAGAAAUGAUUAGAGUAUCCUAGAUUAUUUGUUUUUCAAAUGAAAAGAUGGCUACUAUUAGCUAUGAAGAUAUUAGCAGUAUAAUAUGUUAGUUGUGUUUGAUGGUUGUCAUAGGUGUUGUCCUCCAUUUAACUCAAUGCAGAAUUCAAUCUUUAAAAUAUAGUUGGAUGACCGUUUGGUCUGUGUUACUCCUCAGACCACGCAGGCUGGACGCCCCUGCACGAGGCGUGUAACCAUGGCAGCAUUGCGUGUGUGGAGGCCCUGCUGCGCCACCAGCCCACCCCUCACCUGUACAGCCAGGUGGGUGGAGUCAGCCCGCUACACGACGCGCUGCUCGGCGGACACACGGACAUCGCCAUGAUGCUCCUGCAGCAUGCAGGUCAGUCAGCACGCAUGGUAUACCGAAACUUCUGUACUUUUUCGAUACUGGAACAUGAAAAAUUGUUUGGUACUACAAUUUUUGUUCCUAUUGGUACUUCUGUCAAAUAUGUUUCACGAUGUAUAGAGAUUAAGAGGAACUUUGGAGACUUCUAAGUAUUUUUUGAAACCUCCCGCUUUGUGCUGGAUGUGUCAAUGUGUAGUUCAUACAUGCAUAAUCUAUGAGCAGAAUUACUGUCUUGCCUCAAUUAGUCAUGAAAUCCCUAAUUUGAAAGCAGCUGUUUUUCUGGAAGUGGUGCUGUGCCAUUUUUCCUAUAUUUUCACUCAUGUGGGCCAGCCCCCUAGCAAUUAAAUGUCAACCAAUGAGCUUCAGCCCCUCACAAUUUGAGUGACAGCUAGCAGGAGGCACAUCAUGCACACACUGCAGAGCGAGAGAGAGUGCAAUGACGAGGUGCACAUAUCAUAUAUGACGUAGUACGCAGUUUUAGGGGACCACUUUUGGCUCGUGAGCGCUACUUUCAAAACUACUGGCUUAAAAGUAUACAAAAGUACAGGAAAAUUCUUUUUAGUACCUUACUGUAAUAGUUUGCAUUAAAAUGGGCAAAAAUUGCUUUUUUAGCAAAAAACUAUUUCAAGCAAGAAUAUUGCUAGCACGUUCUGGGAGUGGUCUGACUGGGGAAAGGAAAAUUGAAAACUAGCUGUUAUUGGCAGAGAGGUUUGGAACUCUCUUUGUUAUUGGUCUAUUAACCAAUUUACCGCAUGGCGAUGUCACCAUGGAAAGACAAAACUCCCGCCCAUGCAAAGCUGCUGAUUAGAAGCAACUAGCAGGAAAUAACACUGACCAAAUAUGUUCACACUUUUACACAGGAAAAAAAUAAUUGUGACAGCACUGGGCCUUUAACACACUUGAAUAAUGCAACACAGCAUGUAGAAAUGUUGAAACAUUACUGUCCGCAAAACAAUGUCCAUACAGGCUAGAACACGCUACAAUGCAAGAAGUUACCGGUAGCGUCCAGCUUUGGAGGCUAACUUUCCUUGCUAGCUUACAGCUGAAGCUAACGUCAGUUCACUACCCUAGUACUUUGUUUGUGAUAAUACGCAAACCAUAACACAAAAUAUGCUGAUUGUCACCAAAAACUUUAUGCAUUCACUUAAUCGUCUCUCCCUCAAGUCUCUCCCUCAUACUGACUGUGUAUGCAUGUGCCUUGUGAAUGAUGUGAUUACUGAGUCUUAAAGAGACAGUGCACACUUUUAUAAAAUAAGAUUGCUACUUCUAUGCAAAUGUUGUUGAUCAGUACAAUAAAAUAAGUCCCGAAUGGAAGGGGAAACAGAUUGUUCAAUAACUCAAUGCAUGCACACACUCCUAUUGAAUGUGCAUUCACCUGAAUUGUGAAUAGGCCUAUAUAUUGAUUUAUCCAGUUUAUCAAUAGCGAUUUACCAUUCAAAUAAAUUAUUACCAUUAUGUUGUUAUGUAGUUAGAUUGGUAAAAACAAAGUCAAAUGUAUUGUAUGAUUGUAUAAUUGAUUCAUUAAUGCAUACAUGGCUGUCUGAAAGACUUACAUAAAACGUUUCAAAUGUAAUAUGAUAUUGAACUCAAAAGAUGUCCAACGAUUGAACAGAGCAGUAGCUGAGUUUAUCUGUCUGGAUCAAAUGUCGUUCUGUGACUUUGGCUAAUACGACUUAUUUUUUUGCCGUGGCCUCAUUUUGGAAUUGUGUGUCAUGAUGGUAUCGAGUGUUGUGAUACUAAACCUGGUAUCGAAGUCAAAAUGAUGGUAUCGUGACCACACACACGCACACAAAUAUAUACACACACACACACACACACACACACACACACACAGAAACAAAUGCAUACAUUCACACACAAGGUCAAAUAGUUACUUUAUUGGUUUCAGUUUGAGGGGUAGCUUAUUUGGACUACUAUAGUGUUUGGAAAAGUAGCCUAACCAUUGAAUGAGGUGAGAGGAAUAUGGAUGGAUGAAUGAGUCUGAAAUGUAGCUUUGAUGUAUCAGGGAAAUUAGCACUGGAUUUUAGCGGCCUAACAGUCUUAUGCCCGCAGUCUCAAAUCUAAAUAAUCUAUGCAUCUCUACUACCCCCCCCACCACCCUCUCUUCCACCCUGCUUCUUCCUCUUCCUUUCUGUGUUCCAUCGCAACGUCUGUCCAAACGUAUUACCCAUCCACUCAUAAGAUGUCUGUUCAUGUCUUUUUGAAGAGAUUAUAGUCGUCAGGUUCUGCCGCUUGUGAAAUUCACACGCUGGUUUGGUGGGAAAUGUGUCACAACAGAAAUAGUUUGUGUGUCUCCGUGUGUUUGCUUGCCACAUGCAAUCGCGGUUUGGGAGCUUUGAAGUGAGUGUGACACGUGUCAAAGCGAAAGGGGGGAGGGGUGGUGGAUGCAUAGAUGUGUGUGUGUGUGUGUGUGUGGUGGUGGUGUGGGGGGGUAGACGGCGUUGAACAAGAUUCCCAUGUACGCUGUCGCCACUUCCCUACCUCACUCUCCACUUUGACUAAUUAUAGUUAAUUUGAUUUGGCUUUCCCAUUAACACAUGUAUAUAUUCUGUCCUCAAAAAAUAAAUUAGAUUGGGAUUGUUUGGUCCCGGUGAGAAAACGGAGGAGUUUUUUUUGCGCGGUGACAGUAAGAAAAGGAACUAAUUAAAAGGGGUCAGAGGAGGAGACUGUUUGCAAAAUGAAAGUGUGUGUGUGUGAGCGGUCUGUCUAGGACUCAGCUCGGUGCUGCCUGCUAGGCCACAUCACUGAGAUGGAUGAAUGGAUGGAGCUACUGCUGCUGCUGGAGAAAUGA